UCUUUCGUCUCACGCGCCAAUCCCCACGCGCUCCCAUUCCCAUCCAGACCAGCCUUCAACCGAUUUCCCUGUUCCUCUCUCUCUUUCUAACACAACGAAAUCCUUUUACCAGUUCGCCGGAACCCCACCUCCCAACCGCCGCCUCAACCAACGCCGGCGUACCUGAGCUCACAUCGUCUUCGCGGCGCUGCGAAAUUUUCCGGCGGAGGCGGCCGUAGGAGUAGACAUGUACCGGGACGUGUCGAGCUGCAACACCUACAACUAUGGCGAUGCUGUCUACUGGGACGCUCGUUACCUGCAGGAGGCCGGUUCCUUUGACUGGUACCAGCGUUAUACUGCUCUACGUCCCUUUGUUCGUAAGUUCAUCAGCACUUCCGCCUCCGUCCUUAUGGUUGGCUGUGGUAAUGCUGUUAUGUCAGAGGAUAUGGUCAAGGAUGGGUAUGAAGACAUAGUGAAUGUUGACAUUUCUUCAGUGGCAAUCGACAUAAUGAAAAGAAAGUAUCAGUUCGUCCCCCAGUUAAAAUACAUGCAAAUGGAUGUUAGGGACAUGAGCUUUUUCCCUGACGAGAAAUUUGGAGCCGUCAUUGAUAAAGGGACACUUGAUUCAUUGAUGUGUGGCACUGAUGCUCCAAUUAGCGCUUCUCAAAUGCUGGGAGAAGUGAGUAGGCUUCUCAAACCUGGAGGAAUCUAUUUACUGAUAACUUACGGUGACCCGAAAGUAAGGAUGCCCUAUUUGACGCGACCUUCAUACAAUUGGAAGAUAUCAUUGUAUAUAAUACCAAGGCCAGGAUUCCAAGGGACAGAACCAGGAGACUGUAGCACACAAGAGAAGACGUAUCUGGAACCCGUACCUCUGACCGACAAGGGCUUGCUGUCACCGAGUUUUGUGAUGGAAGACCCAGAUUCUCACUUCAUAUACGUGUGUGAAAAGAUGGACGAUUCGGAACUUACUAACAUAGCCACGUACCCAUUGAGCACAGAUGUGUUAUAGGAAUGAAGAAGGUACCUUACCUUACCUACCUUGUUGUAUCAUCAUCAUCAAUCAUCCAUAUUUACAAGCUUGAAUAUGCAAAUGCAUUGUUGUAAAAUGAUGUUGUAGCCUGUAAAAACUAAAAAGCAGGAGAAUUGAUAGACAUAAUUGGGCUGGCUAUUUUACAUGUGGAAAUUAGCAAUAAUGGAGGGGGAAACCCUGAGUGUAAGGUGGAGAGAUACAAUUGUUGUAGCAACACAGAAACAUAUGGAAUCACUGUGGUUAUUAAACCAAAUCCUUAAUUGAUUAUGACAAUGUCAUUUUCUUUGUGGUU